AUUAAAGUAACAGCAAGAGGUUUUCAAUUGUAGUUUUUCUUUUCUUUGAUUUUCUUCCUGUGCCUGAGAAAGAGAAAGGGGAAUUAAAUAUUUCACUUCUCCAAUUUUUGUGAAAAAUUGUAUUUUCCAUUGCUUUUCUCAUUAUUCUUCUCAGGACCCAAAGACACAGACACUAAAGACACAAAAAAGAAGAUCACAUUAUGAACAACACCCUGUCCAACAACACCUCCAUCAAGUGUGUUCGGGAUACCAGCGUAACAGCUGUGGUUUUCCCCUGCCUGUACAGUGUCCUUUUUAUAGCCGCUCUGAUACUGAAUUCCCUCGCUGCAUGGAUCUUCUUCAGCAUCCCGAGCACUUCAACAUUUCUGGUCUUUCUAAAAAAUGUGGUGGUGGCUGACUUGCUCAUGACUCUGACCAUCCCUCUAAAAAUCUUGACGGAUGCAGGAGUGGGUUCCUGGCAGCUACGCGCCUUCCACUGCAGAUACUCUGCGGUUCUCUUCUACAUCACCAUGUACAUCAGCAUCCUCUUGCUGGGCCUCAUUAGUUUGGACCGUUACCUGAAGAUUGUCAGGCCCUUUGGGAAGUGUGUCCUGCAGCGGGUCCGUGUUGGUCAGAUACUAAGUGCAGCUGUUUGGGUGGUAAUGUUAUCUUUAGCACUACCCAAUGUAAUUUUAAGUGACAAGCUGCCGCGGCCAUCUGGAAACAGGCUGAAGUGCACGUCCAUGAAGAGCAAAGAUGGUCUACUAUGGCAUGAAGGGUUCAACUACUUCUGUCAGGUCAUUUUCUGGGGGACACUUGCUUUGUUGGUGGUUUGCUACACAUUCAUCAGCAAGAAGGUUUAUGAGUCAUACAAAGCCUCAAAGAGCAGAUCUCAGGGUGCCAGUCGCAAGACCAAGGCAAAGGUCUUUGUUGUAGUGGGUGUGUUUUUCAUCUGCUUUGCCCCGUUUCACUUUGUCCGGGUUCCCUACACCCUGACCCAAACCCGCAACACGAGUGACUGCAAGGCCCAGAAUGCGUUCUACAUUGCCAAGGAGACCACCCUGUGGCUUUCAGCCACUAAUGUAUGCCUGGACCCGCUUAUCUACGUGUUUCUGUGCAAGGUGUUCAGGAGAAGACUGACAGCCGCACUCUGCAUUAAGUCACUCAGCAAAGGUAUUGAAUCUCCAUCAUCAACACAACUGGAGAUGUCACAAAUAGCCUACAGUAAAAGAAUUUCACACAACGGCGUACAAGAAACUACUGAACUAUCCACAUUGGGACACACUUAAUAACCUUUAAAGACAAGCAAAGAUAAGCUUGAAAGACUUUUGUAUAUAGUGAUUUAUCUUAACAAUUAGGUUGUAAAAAAUCUAAAAAUGAUGGCAAUGAAUGGACAAUGUGUAAGAAAGUCAAGAAGUUUCAUGUCAGCAGUGACUACUGCGUUUCAU